AUGGUCGUCCGCAUCCGUCUCGCCCGCCACGGCCAGCGCCACACCCCCGUCUACCACGUCGUCGCCAUCAACGCAUCCAAGCGUCGCGACGCACGCCCGCUCGAAAAGCUCGGCGAGUACGACCCCAUCCCGCGCACCCCAGCUGCCUUUGCGGCGUUGCCUCCCAAGGCAAACGUCUUUGGCCCGCAAAAGUUCGAGGUCCCCAAGGAGAAGCGCAUCGAGUGGAACGUCGAGAGGAUAAACUACUGGCUGUCCGUCGGUGCGGAGCCUACCCGGUCCGUGGUCAAGCUCCUCGAGCGUGGAGGCGUCCUCACCACUCCUCACAAGUGGCAGCACCGCUGGUCGCCCGCUCCCCCCGUCACCGAGCGUGGUAUCGUUGUGGCUGAGGAGUAG